GGCGGCCUGCGGGGACUACAUUUCCCAGCGACCGCGGCGCCAGGAGCGGAACCGGGAAGCGCGAAGAUGGCGGUGGAUAAGGAGCUGCUGGAGCGGGACCUCUACGGGCUGCUGGGCAUCGGCGAGAAGGCGUCCGAGAAGGAGGUGAAGACAGCGUUCCGGCAGAAGGCCCUCACCUGCCACCCGGACAAGAACCCCGACAACCCCCGGGCAGCGGAAAUUUUCCACCAGCUGUCCCAGGCCUUGGCCGUGCUCACAGAUGCAGCAGCCAGGGCAGCCUAUGACAGGGUGAGGAGGGCGAAGAAGGAGGCUGCAGCAAGGACACAGAAACUCGAUGAGAAGAGGAAGAAAGUAAAGCUUGAUCUGGAAGCCAGAGAACGGGAAGCCCAGUCCCAGGAGAACGAAGAAGAGGAGAUCAGGAUAACGAGAUCAUUAGAAGAAGAAAUAAUCCGCCUGCGGGAGGAGGGCUCUCGGCAGCUGGAGGAGCAGCAGAGGCUGGUCAGGGAGCAGAUCCGCCUGGAAAGGGAGCAGCACAGCCGAGGCAAGCAGGAAAGAAAUGGAGCUGAAGGCAAAAUAACUCCUAAACUCAAGCUCAGGUGGAAAUGCAAGAAGGAAGAUGAGACUGGAGGGGGAUACUCCAAAGAUGUGCUGCUGCAGAUCCUGCAGAAGUAUGGUGAUGUGCUCAAUUUGUUGAUCUCCAGCAGGAAGACUGGGAGUGCAGUGGUGGAAUUUGCCACGGUGAAGGCAGCUGAGAUGGCUGUGAAGAAUGAAGUUGGCCUGCUAAAUAACCCCCUGAAGAUUUCCUGGCUGGAGGGCCAGCCCCGGAGCCACCCCAGCACCGUCCUCCCUGACAGCACCAGCCAGCCCAGGAGCUCACAGCUGGGAGCUCAGUGCAUGCGUGAGGCAGCAGUGUCAGAGACAUCUCUUCUCCUGCCAGGAGGAUAAAUCCACUGCUGGCGCUGUAUCAGGAGCCUACUUGGAUGCUUACCUGUUUCCAGGCUGGGAGUGCCACCUGCACUGGAGUUAAGGGAAAAGAAACCCACAAAGAGGAAGAGAAAAAACUGAGGAACAGCUUUGAGCUUUCACAUCCAAACAUGGUGGGAAGAGAAGCCCCAGUUCCCGUCUCUCAGCCCUCAAAGCUUUGGCUUCAGGGUGCAGUGCUGCUGCCUCCUUGCAGGCUGCCUGCUGUUCCACAAGUGAUCCAUGACAAAUCCCUGUGUGUCCCUGCCCCACAGUGUCACAUCCCCAAAAUAAGUCUUUCCCAAAAAAUGCCAGUCUUCCCUGAGGAUGGGACGCGCAGUCCGGAGUGGGAAAUUCCCAGGGUGGAGAGCGGAAAGUUGCCCACGAGACAGCAGACGGUGCUCUCACCUGAGCACAGAGCCCGUGAGCUCUGCUCCAGAGGAUUCCUUGGCAAGGACAGGGAUGCUCUGUGGUGGGUGAGGUGAGGACAACAAAACAGGCCACACACAACAGGCAUGCUCCAGUAUCCCUCCUCCUGCUGGAAUGGGAGGAACUGGAAGCAGCAGUGAGUAACUGGGAUGUGAUGGACAAUGAAUACCUUCAAAUGGCGUAAUCCCUUGGGUUCUGUUUCCUGAGGGUCUGCAGCACAUCCUCGAGAAGCGAUAGCCCCAAAUCCACUUUGAAGGACAUGAAGGGGUCAGCCAGCUCGGGAAGAGUGGUGCUGGUUGGGAGACCUGCCUCUGAGGUGCCGUGGUCCGUAGCCUGGUCCUUGUGCGUCGGAGUGCCUUUGUGGUACGGAGCAGCGUCGGAAAAGGAGAGGUCGGAGUGGGAAUCUGUGUGGUCGAUGAUGUUGGGGCAGCUGGAACUGUCCAGGUACAGCCGGGGAGGCUUGGGAGGGGCUUGUGCCUUGGCCAGGUUCUGCUCGCUCUGACAGGACAGGUACUCAGACUUGUCCUUCAGAUCCCUCAAGCAUUCCCUUUUCUGGCCGUCUGUGUCCAGAGUGUGGCUGUUCUGGUUCAGGAUGAUGACUUGGUUGCCCAGCUUUUUGUGCCUCCUGAGGGAGAAGCGUCGGAAGAAGGUGGUGGACUUGAGGGACCCCCUGCGCCAAGUAUCCAUGGUGAGGAAAGGCAGCGAGGAGCAGGAAUGCUGGCUCCUCACAGGCAGGAGCCAAGGGAUCAGCAGAGAGCCACGCAACAGGAUCAACCUCUUCCUGCCCCGUUCCCGGAGCUGCAAGGAACACAGAGAGGCUGGUAGUGCAGGAAAUGCAAACUCCACGCCGUGACAAGGAGCACUUGGCUUGUCUUGGAUCUGAAGGAGUCUCCCCCUGGAGUGGAGAGGAGCGGCGAUGUGUGAGCGAGCUCGUUAAACGUGUGCUGCGGCUCUGGGCUGGUGGGGAACAGCAGAGGCACAGUCACCAUGAGAACAGAUCUAAUCUGGCAUCUAGAACAGAAGGGCACUCGGGUGCCAUGGUAACCAGGCACCUUCUGCGGAGGGGCACCGCCGGAAAAGCGCCGUGGGUGGCUGGGAACGAGACGGUGACUCAGUCCCACCAAAGGAACCCAGGGAAUACGGGAGAAGGGGGAUGCAGAAAGCGACAGUGCAGGAGACAAUGCUGGGAGAACGGAGUGCAGGAGAGACUUACACUCUGUUGGAGCAGCCUGGAGUCCAGGUAUGGAGAGGAGAAGCUGCUGGAGCACUUGGAGACCAGGAUGAAGAAGCAAGUCCAGGGAGAGCUCAGCCAGGAGUCCAAGAAUUCAGCCAGGUUGGACCCAGAAUGCCAAAACUCCCCAGCUCUGCUGCCACCGUCUCUUCAUGUGCCACCCGUCGCUGCUUCCCGGGCUGUGGCUCCCUGCGUGGAUGUGUUUGUUUUGAGCCAAGCCCUUGCUGAGUCAGCCACGUCAGAAACUGGGUUUCACUCCAUUGGUAAUUGCCAGGAUUGCAGGAAGUAGGUGUGUGGAGUGGUGGAGCCUCAGCCCACGCUCAGGCACCCGGGAGCACGUGCUGGGAGCCCACCUGGAUCAGGCUCUUCUCCCUCCCACCACUCUGAGGGCUCCUUGUGUCAGCAGAGCUCCCAAACCAGGCUGCAAAUAAUCUCCUGGCUGUUUUAAAUUUCAAUCCCAGUGUGAGGUGGGGCUUCAGGUUUGUGUGGGUGAUUCAUCUGCAUAAGUCUCAGGCAGCCUCUUCCAUCCAGCCCAGCAAAUUCCUGGGGUUGGUGGAUGGGACUUGGAAGGAUCCUGGCUGAGGGCUGAUACCAUCGGUGCUUUCUCAGACACUGCUGCUGCCAGUACCCAAAGGUCAUUUUGCUCAGGUGGCUCCUAAGACACCAAUUAGACUCUUAAUUUCCCUCUUGA